AAUGAAUUCACUGGAAGAGCUUUCAAUGUGGCUUAUACGCAAAAACUUGUGUUUGAUGAGUAGAGUUUGUAAGAGUUACGCCGAUCGUCUACCACCUCGUAUCAGUGAGAAAAUCUGGGAAUACUGUUGCGAGGAUAAUAUACCAUUUUCGGAAGAUGAAUUGGAAUUUUUUUCAAGUAACUAUCUACGAUUAACAGAAGUUUCAUUGAAAAGAAGAAAGUUUUUGAAAAUUAAAAAUUUAAAUUUUCUACAAAAUCAUCGAAUUAAGAAGUUGUCUCUAUUCAAAUUUCAAUCACUUGAAUGCUUAUGUAUAGAUGAAAACAUUAAUAAUCUUGAGCUGCAUAAUUGUACAUUUACCAGUGAUGGUUAUGCUCAUUUAGGAAAUUCUUUAAUGAACUGUGCCUGUUUAAAAUCAUUCAUGUUAACUUGUGCAACAGGUUUGUCUGAUGAAUAUUUACAUAUUUGCAAAGGGUUAGAAACUACCGCUUCCUCAUUACAAAAAAUUGAUUUUUCAUCUUGUAAUCUAUCCUUUAAGCAGGGCGUUUGGUUAAGUGAUUUAUUGAAGAAAUGUAACAGUCUACAAGAUAUUAAUUUGAGUUGUAAUGAUAGCUUUGCGGAUGGAUUUAAAGACAUUUGCGAUGGAUUAAAAUGUUCGUCCUCUAGUCUAUUGACAAUUCAAGUUGCUAAUUGUGGGUUAAAUGGAAAGCAAACUAGCUGGCUAGGAGAUUUGUUAACUGAAUGCACCAAGUUGAAAAAGUUUAAUCUAAGCGGCAAUUGUAGUUUUGAGAACAACUUUGAAAAGAUAUGCAAUGGAUUGAAAUCCUCCUCCUCCUCACUACUAGUCAUUGAAGUUUGCGAUUGCAAUUUGAGUGAUUUAUCAGAGGAGGAUGGGCUUCAACUUGGUAAUUUGUUGAAAGACUGCACCAGUCUACAAGAAAUUGAUUUAAAAUGCAAUCAGUUCUUUGACAAUGCAUUUGAGAACAUAUGCAUUGGAUUGAAAUCGUCGUCGUCCUCUCUAUUGACAAUUCAACUGGGCGAUUGCGAUUUGGACGAAAAACAGUGCAGUUUUCUAAGCGAGCUGCUGGCGGCCUGUACUCAUCUGCAAGAAAUUGAUUUGACUGAGAAUUUCGGUGUAGGAGAUGUGUGUAAGAGAAUCUGCAAUGGACUACAAUCUUCAGCCUCUUCUCUGACAGUAAUUAACGUUUGGUGUAGUAAUUUACCCAACAAUCAAGGCGUUCACUUGGGUAACUUGUUGAAGAGAUGUACAAAACUACGUGAAAUUGACUUAACUUUGAAUGAAAAUUUGGAUGAAGCUUUUGAGGGAAUAUUUAAUGGGUUGAAAUCGUCAUCUUCCACCUUAAGAGUAAUUAAAGUUGAAAGCUGCCAGCUAAAUUGGCGACAUUGCGAUUGGUUAAGUGAAUUGUUAACUGAAUGCAAUCAAUUGCAAGAAAUUAAUUUGAGUGAUAACGAUAACUUACAAGGAGGAUUUGAAAAGAUUUGUAAUUCGUUAAAAUUCUCAUCUUCCUCUCUAUUAUCAAUCUCUCUCUCCAAUUGCAAUUUAUAUCGCGAUCAAUGCGUUUGGUUGAGUAGCCUAUUGGCGAAAUGUAACCAGUUGAGGGAUAUCGAUUUGAGUUGGAAUUCGGGCUUUCCCGGUGGUUUUGAGAGAAUAUUUCACGGACUGAGGGGUUCUUCCUAUGUUUUGUUACGAAUUAACGUUGCCGAUUGUCAAUUGUCGGAUAAGCAAGGUCAUUCACUUUAUUCACUAUUAAAACAGUGUCCACAAAUUGAAGAAGUCGACUUGACCGAUAAUAAAUGUGUUCAGAGUGUCUACGAAAAAAUGACUAAAGAAUUGAAUACACUGUCUGCUUCAUCUCUCCUAAGCAUUGCCUACAAUUCAACUACAGCAGGCACAGAAUAAAGUCAUGUGUGUGCGUGCGUGUGUGUUGCCUAUUCUGAACAGCCAUGUUGCUGUUUCAGGCGGAAGGGGCGGAUGGUGUUUUCUCUUCUCAGCCUAUUUCAUAUCUAACAUACGAGUUAUUAACGACAUCGAUUUGUAACAUAUUAUAAAUGUUCAUAAAAUAGACAUUGUAUAUAAUUCAUAAGUCAAUCUAACUAAGUAGAAGGACAACUAUGAUAAAUAGGCGAGUAUACAUUAUUUAUAGUGUAGAAGGGGAAUUAACAAGGAAAUAAAGGAACGACUAGAGGCUCUUCGGAAUAGGUAACAAAGUAAGCGUACCUGCGCUGCAAUAAAUAUGAAUUCUUCGGGAGCAGGUUUCCGUUUCGCCGACGAUUUAAACGCAUACGAAUCCGUCAUCUUAAAAGUUGUUAUCUACUGCGAAUUAAAUUGCGGACUAUUGUUGACGAGUCUAGUUGUAUACGCCUUUAUUAGAUUUUCGGCAAUAAGAGAAUCGUUUGGAUAUUUCAUCCUUUUCCUAUCAAUCAAUCAUUUAUUAUUAAUAUUUUGCUAUUCUUCUAUACACAUCUAUUUCGAUAUUGGUAAUUCGAUUUCAAGCGAAGUGAAUCCAGCUUUUUGUAUAUUAAUAAUGCUCAUACCUGGCUUAGCAAAUAUUCAAUCUCAAAUGAAUUUCUUAGGUAUAUUCAUCAGCAGAUAUUUAUACAUUCGUUAUCCUUUCAAAUACAACUACUAUUGUAACUCAAAACUCAGAAUCCUUUUACCAUUUCUAUUGAAUCUGUUCUCUGUUAUUAUCUCAGUGAUUCCAUUAUACAAUCCAAAGGGGGAUGAGGUCCUCUGUUAUGGUAAAGUUUCAACGCAAAUUGGUCGUUUGUACGCUUUUCUAUUCUUUUGUUUUGCGCCAAUAAUAUUCAGUUUAAUAUUUCAUUAUCUCAUAUUGAAAAUAGCUGGAAAACAUGCUAAAUCGAUGGAAAGUCAAAUGAAUAGGGUUCAAUCCGUAUCCAAAACGUCGAAAGUCAUUCUUAUAGAAUUAAUUCUGGUUGGACUAUUGUGGGUACUCUACGUAUUCUUUUUGAAGUUAGCGACCUCAGAUGUUCAAGCCAUGUCUUAUAAAUAUAUACUACUGAUGGAGGUGAUUAUCAUUUCUCCAACCAUAUUCAAUUCGGUUAUUAUGCUUUCGAGUAGUUCACAUGUCAAACAACUAUUGAGGAACUGUUGUUGUGGUAAAAGUGUUAAGAUAUCGCCGCUAGAUCAUUACAAUGGGAGAAUUAACUAGGAUUUUAGCCAAACAACGAAUUUAUUGACUAUUCAUAAUCUCAGCUCAAGAAAUACUCAUAGUUACCCUUUGCAUUUCACCUAUGGUCGAUAUUUACAAACUUUUGAGCGGUAAAUGCAAUACACUCUGUACAUUUUGUUUGUUUGUUUCUUAUACCGAUUUUGCACUGUAC